GGCGGCCAUGGCGGCGGCGCGGCGGGUGCAGCUCCGGGGCCCGGCGCUGCUGCUGCUGCUGCUGCUGCUGCUGCUCGGCGCGGCGGGGCCCGGUGUUCGGGCCGCACGGAGCCGCGGGGCCGACCGCCAGAACAGCCUGCGCCGCGCCGCCAGCGGCCUCUACCAGGGCGUCAGCGGCCUCUUCGGCGAGGACAACGUGCGGGCCCUGCAGAAGUUUUUCUCAAGGUUGACAGAGAGGUUUGUGAAUGGGGUGGAUGUAUUAAUGGACACAUUCUGGAGAAUAUGGACUGAUUUGUUAGAUGUUCUUGGAAUUGAUGCCUCCAACCUGACUCAUUAUUUCAGCCCAGCAGCCAUUGCCAACAACCCGACGCGCGCCCUCCUGCUGAUCGGUGCCAUUUUGCUGGCCUACUGGUUUUUAUCUCUGUUCCUCGGAUUCUUCUUCUAUCUGCUGCACAUGCUGUUCGGCCGCUUCUUCUGGAUCGCCAGGGUGGCGCUGUUCACCCUGUCCUGUGUGUACAUCCUGCAGAAGUACGAGGGGGACCCCGAGCACGCCGUGCUGCCCCUCUGCUUCGUCGUGGCCGUCUACUUCAUGACGGGUCCCGUUGGCUUUUACUGGAGGAGGAACAGCAACAGCAGCCUGGAGGAGAAGAUGGACCACCUGGACAGCCAGAUCAGGCUGCUGAACAUCCGCCUCUCCAGGGUGAUUGAGAACCUGGACAGGGGCGCUGAGCAAUGAGCCAGCCCCUGCUGACCACUGAACACCAGCUCUGGAAAAACCCUAAGCACUGUCUCAUCCGAAGUUACAAAGCAACAAAACAUCACAUGGUAAAAAGUGUGCAAAGUUAUAACUUUUCAUCGUGUCUAAGACUAAUUUAUCUAGGUUAAACACUCAGCCGUUAGACUUCUAGGAGAAAGAAACAACAUUUACAAAAUUCAGCUGUAUAUUCAGAGUUUUAUCCAGUACUAGAAUUUUCUCAGUAGAUAAACGCUUACUUUUACAAGCAUUUAAAAACAUCUUUUGUAAGGUUUUUAUAAAAGCAAAUUGAGUAGUCUUUCAGAUAUUGAAAUUGAGUUAAACAUAUGCAAAUUUGACACUUUAACAGUUAAAAAGAAAAAAAAAAUCUCAAGCUACCAAGCACUUCCAUUGAGAAGUAACUGCUGUGGGUCCAUAUUUUUUCUUCAGAGUUGUGAAUGUUUUUGUGUUUUUGUUGGCUUAUUUCAUUGCCUUGAAGUUGCCUUUCAUAGAGUAUCAGAUGAGGAAUUUUCUGGUAUCCAGGCCAAAAAAUUCACACCAUAGCUUUUAACAGGAGGUGGGGAAUGAGGGAGAAGGAAGAUCUGAAGUCCUUAAAUGCCAGUCCAGUGUGAGGAAGCACACGUGUGGCAUUUUAUCAUUGCAUUUCAUCCCGAGAGCUUUAAUUUGUUAGUGUCUGGAAGGAAAUCUGCUUUAAUAAAUUGGCACAGAAGGAAGAUGUAGCGUGACAAAUUGUAAUUCAUAUUUGAUCUGCACAGUGAAGCAUUUUCCAAGCUUAAGUGCAUAGAGUAAAACAUGGUUUUUAAUCUCAGGACCCACGUACCUUCUCAGAAAAGGCAGCAGUUCAAACACGUGCAAAUGUAUUGUUGCUUAAAGCUUUCUCAGGACCAAUCAGCGGCAAUAAAUUACCUUCAGGAAGAUCUGGAUUUUUUUCUAAAAUUCCAAUAGUUUUAUAGGAGCUUUUUGCUUGAAGUCUCUGUCCUCGUUAGGUUUUGGGAAAAGCGAGUCACCUUUAGGAGGAGGGUGUAGGAAACGGUUCCCUUUCAAAGCACUGGAGCUUUGGAGCAAUUUUUAUUUUGCAGGAUUUCUGUGUUUCUUACAUGGUAGGGCAUCACUGGCUGUGCUGGUUUACUGAAACAAAGGGAAGCUCAGGGAAGGAAGGCUGGACUGUGGUUUCACCUGGAAACAGCAGCAUGCAAGGACACGGGUGUGAGCAGGGAGGGAAGCACCUGCCCCUGGUGAUGAGCACAGUUCUGAUAGCGCCAGGGGUAGGAUGGAGCACAGCUGGAGCAUUCCAUAUCCCAUGGGGUCCAAACAAACAGCUGCAUCAAAAAACGCAACAAAAAUUGGUCUGGGAUGGGGCCUGGCUGCAAGGCAAGGGGACCAGGAGGAGGAGGAGGAGGAGGAAGAGGAGGAGGUUCCCAGGUGUGCCUGCCAGUGCCAGCCCAGUGGGACAGGCUGGGCACAGCUUGUCCUUCCACUGGGCAAAGCUUCUGGGUGUGAUGCUUAACUGAAUGUAACUGUGGGGCGAGUUUAUUUUUCUCUUUAUGCUGAAGUUUUAAUGUUCUUCUUGGAAUGUGUGUGUUGCUUGCCUAAACCUCUUUGGGUCUGUCUGUGCGUGGCAUUUCCAUGGGGGUUGUUUUUAAAUCCAUGUUAAUGGCCUUUACUCCUGGUGAUCACUUCUGUUCAACACGGUUGAAGUUCAUAUGCACUUGGCACGGUUGGAAUGCAUUUUUUGAUUUUAAUUUUUUAUGUCUCCUGUAAAUCCCCCUGCACCCCAUUUGUUAACAAGUUUAGAGUUGUUCAAUAACUGGUUAUCACAACUUAAAAUCAUUCCUGUGAUCAGAUAGGGACUAUGGCAGCAAAUAGUCCAUUAGGUCAAGCUGAAAAUGUAAAUGACGGUAAAUUCCUUUUUUCAGCUCAUUUUCCAUAGUAUUACAGAGUCUUCCCUGUAGACUCAGUUCUCCCUACUGUUGUGCACAGAGGACUGGGCUAAAAUGCCAACCUGGAAAUUAGGAAUUGACUAGUAAAGCUUGUCAGGUCUUGAUGUGUUUUGCCAAAUGUGAGACCUGAGGACCAAAGUUUGCAAACCUUGCUCGUGUCAGUGGCUCCAUUGCCUUCUUAGGUCAAUGUGCAUGGGUCAGUUUGCAUAGAUUGUAUUUUGUGUAAUCCAUAUUUAACGUUAAAGUUACAAAUACUGAACAUUUAUAUAUUAAGAGGUGUCUAUGAUAAAGAUUUCUUUGAAAGUAUUAUAAAAAAGUUAAUUUGGA